AUGGUUCAGGAGGACGACUUCAACGAGGGCCCGGCGUCGGCGUGGCGGCUGGCCUGUGAAGUGGCGGCCAAGGACUCCGCGGGCGCGGAGUGUCGAGCCGCCGCCCUGCACGUGGCGGCCAAAGCGAAGCUCGCGCUGGGGGAGAUGGAGCUGGCGGCGCAAACGGCCCAGGAGUCCCUCCAGCUCUUCCGGGCUCUGCAGCUGCCGGAGGGUGAGGCGGCCACCUUGAACGUUUUGGCGCAGGCGCAGCUCAAGGAGGACGCUGACGCGGCGCUGGCGUCUGCGGAGCGUGGCAGGGACAUCUUCCGACGCCUGGGUGACGCGCGCGCCCGGAUGUUGGAGCGCACCGCCGUGGGUGCCAAGGUGGCACGUGGAGAGACCGCUGAGGCGCUCGCAGACGCGGAGGCCUGCCUGGCGCGGUGCCGCGUGGACGCGGGCCAGCGCUUGGAUGAGGCCGCUGCGCUGGUGGUGCUGGCGGAGGUACACAACCACAGGGAGGAGUGGCGCCUUGUGGCAAAGCGCGCGGCGGAGGCCGCGGAGCUCUUCGAGGGCGGCCGGGAUGAGGCCGCGGCGCGGCACCUGGCCGCGCGGGCGCUUCUGAGCGCAGGGGAGGCCGCGGAAGCGCUGAGCCUCGCGGAAGAAGCGCAGGAGAUCUUCCGGAAACUCCGCGACAAGCCGCGGGAGAUGGCCUGCCGGGGCCUGGUGGUGUCCGCACUCCUGGACCUGGACCAAAAGGAGAAGGCGCUGGAGCUCGCGCAGCAGGGUUUGGAGGCUUUGCGGCAGCGGCGGGACCAUCUCAGCUGCUGCGAGGCGCUGCAGCAGCUGGCCAAGGUGCACCUGGCCGGCGGCGCGUCGAACGCGUCAGAGGCGUCAAAGGCGCGGCAGGCGGCCGAGGAGGCGCGAAACCUCGCGGGGCGCCUGCGGACGCAGAAGUGCGAGAGCCAGGCCGCGGCGCUCGAGCUGCUGGUGGAGCCAAAGCCUCAGAUCGGUUCCGUGCUGCUUGCAAUUUUUGAGACUGGCAAGGUCUGGAUAGGCUUCAAAGCCAUCUGCUCGUCGAAGCCCAUCGAGGCGGACUUUCUCCAGACCCUGGAUGCGCUGCCGGCGGCCGUGCUCGCAGAGUCGCAGAUCAAGGCCUUCCAUCGGGAUGGCGUGCUGGUGGUAGAGAAGGUUCUCAGCGAGGAGGUGCUGGAGAGGCUGAAGAGCACUUCGAAUGACACCAUGUACGCCACAGACUUUCUGAGCUGCCACGGUAGCCUCAUGGCCCUGGGCACGCACGGUCCCAUUCCCAGCCUGGCCUCGCAAGUGCUAGGCCGCCAGCCGGUGCGGGUCUGGUCUGGCCAGUUCUUCAACAAGCACCUGAUGGAGAAUCCCGCGGACUGCGGGCAGACGGAGCAGGAGAGGAACAGCUUCUCCAAGUGCGACGCUCCUCACAUGGAUCUGGAUGGCGACACCUAUGGGGAGGUACUGCCCUUCGUAUCGAUCUGGUUCGCAAUGACGGAGGCGCACCACUCCAUCGGCUUCCUCGCCGGGUCACACGCGGCCAAGCACGAGUGCGGCUACAGCGACGUGUACCCCCGGGACGACUGCCUGGUUCAGCUCGCCGACAACUUGACCCAGGAGCUGGGCGCGGAGUCUGUGCGAUCCUGGCACUUGCAAGCUGGAGACGUGGUGAUUUUCUACAACCAGCUUUUCCACUACAACAUGGUCGAGACGGAGACCCCGAGGCGCCGCGCUGGCAGUCUGCGUUACCUGCCCGCUGACUACCGCUUCGCAGGGGCCGUCACGGAGACCGUGGACAAGAUUCCUCAUGCCAGCCACCUACCCGCAGAGUGUAGGCCAAUCUCGGACAGCUUGUUGUUCCCCAUUGCUUAUCCGCCAGAAGCCGUCAAAGCGGCGCCGGCCGUUUUCCCGCUGCACCCGCGCUUCCGCGACAUCUUGCUCUAUCAGCCGCGCUACUGGGCUCGGGAGCGGUUUGACUGGAUGCGCAACUGCUCUGAGUCGGAGCUCGCGGAGCUUUGA